AUGGGGGUUUUUCAAAUUGUGAGGUUUCACUGAUAACGUAGUUGCAAACAACCUCCGUAUGAUAUUUAUUGAUCUACAUAUUCUCCUAAUUGCAAAUCCUUGUCGUGCAAAAUACUCGAACAUCGACAUGAUGUUGCGCUAAUUCAGUCAAAAUGGCCCCAACCCUGUACAUGUUCCAAGCAAGCUCUAAUGUACGAGCUGUCCUUAUUACAGCCAAAGCCAUUGAUUUGAAAUUCAACGAAAAGGAAAUUGAUUUUUUGCACCAAGACCACUUAAAACCCGAGUAUCUUCAAUUGAACCCACAACAUACAAUUUCAACCCUUGUCGACGACGAUUUUAUUCUGUGGGACAGCCAUGCCAUUAUGAUUUAUCUGGUUUCAAAAUAUGCCAAAAACGACGCUCUUUAUCCCGAAGAUUUGAAAAAACGGGCGGUUAUUCACCAAAGACUUCAUUUCGAGUCGGGAGUUUUAGCGGUUCAAAUGAGAAAUUUUGCUUUUGCAGUUCUUUACGAAGACAAAACCACGAUUGAUCAGAAAGAUAAGGACGCUAUUCAGGAGAGUUACGCAAUUAUGGAAACUUUUCUAGAAGGGAAAAAUUGGAUGGCUGGUGAUUCUGUUACAAUUGCCGACUACAGUUUAGUCGCAACUGUUAGUACCCUCAACGCUUUCGUCUCAAUUGACACGGAAAAGUACCAAAAACUGGCAAAGUGGGUGCAACGGUGCGAAAGCCUCCCCGAGUAUCAGGUUAACAGGAAAGGCUUAAUCGAAGUUUACAACAUACUGAAAAAUAAAUUGUCAAUAUAACUUAGAAAUUAAAAUAUUCAGCUUAUGUAACCUUUACAUAUUCAUUCUUUGCUGAACUCUGAUUGAGGUCAGAAUGUGUGCAAAGUCAAUAAAUGUAAUGAAUGUUUAAUAAAGAAUUAUUUAAA